AUGAGUGUGCUGCAGAAGCAUGGGUAUCGACCUGACAUCAACGACCUCUGGGGCGUGUUGCAGAGCAUGGCCGUGACUCCCUCGCCUGCACUGGCCAGUGGGAAGAAGGUCUUUGAGAGGCUGGGCUUUAAGCAUGUAAGUCUGGACAUCAAUGGCCGAGACUUUGCGUUUCCGCUGGACUUGUCGAGACCUUUGAACUCCUCCUUUAACUGGCUUCUGGGGAAGUGCGACGUCGUCACAAAUUUCGGCACCACGGAGCACAUUGGGCAACGUGGAUACAUCGAAGAGCCUGAGGGAUAUGACAAGAGUGACAUUUGGGCAUCGCAGUAUCAUGCUUUCAGAAACAUACACAGCCUUGCACGAGCUGAUGCUGGAUUCAUUAUCAACAUGGUCCCAGCUGCUGGAUGCUGGCCAAAGCAUGGUGCCGUGGAAUACGAGCCCCGAUUCUGA